AUGCUAGAAUCAAAAUACGAAGACAAUCCACUUUGGCAGCCAUCUCUCUCCAUCUCCUCAUCUUCCUCUGUCCCUCGCCCCACCUUGCGCCCAUCAGCGGCUGGUGCUGCGGGGAACAAGGCUGGUGAUGACGAGGGGAGUGGCGGUAGAGGAGGUGGCACGCAUACAGGCCAUUGUUGCCCGCCUCGCACCCACCCGCUCCUUCUCCAUCAGGGAGAAGGGGAUGAAAUGAGGGAGAAGGGGAUGGAAUCAGGGAGAAGGGGAUGGGAUGAGGGUGAAGGGGAUGGAAUCAAGGAGAAGGGGGAUGGAAUGAGGGAGAAGGGGAUGGAAUGA